CGCAAACCUACAACUAGUUAGUGUGCUUUAAUGCCUAGACUACGAUAGUUGUCGAUUUUAUUUAACGGUCGUUAAGCUACGGUUUUACGUCUUUUAGUUUGCUCUGUGAGUUUGAAGUGUUGUGAAUGAAAGGCAUAAACGAAGAAGACGAAUAUUACUAAAUAAAUAAACAAAACAACUUAUUUCAAGUGUCAUUGUCGUGGCGUUUCAUUUUGGUGGCAUUUAAAUGAAGAAACAACAUCAUUUGAAGCUGUAAAUACAAUUUUAUUGUGCUUAACUUUUGAAAAAUACCUACAAUACGGUAAAAAAAAAAUCUGUGAGCUUGUAGUGACUGACCAAGCAAGUUUAGCUCUGAAAAUACAUAUUAAAGCAACAAUAUCACAACAACAAUAGAAAAAACUAAACAACUAACUUUACGAUCGUCCAUUUCUGGUAUAAAACUACAACUGCUGCUGAACAACAACAGCUGCAACAACAAUAUUCUUCAUCCAUCCGUUGGCUCUAAGCGAUAAAUAGAACCAAAAACAACGCAUCGUGCGGCACUUCGUCAUUAGACUCAAACAACAAAAAUUAUUCAUAGUUUGCGUUCAUAACACUGGACAUUGAGCUUUUAGUGCGAAAUUCCAAACUUCAGAUAACGAGUGUGAAACAACCACACCACUAUAAAAACAGGAGUAUACGUCAACCCCCCAACCUCCCCUUUAAGCAGUAAACAUUUGGAUACAAAUCAAACACAUACCCUGCUUUUCCUCAAACUAACCUUAAAUCUGCCAAUUGCAACACAAUGGAUAUGACUGGUGGAAUACAUGAUCCCAAAUGGAGCCUGGAACGCCGUGAGUCUUCCGGUCAUCUGGUAUGGCGCAAAGAAUCACCCAAAUCCCGCAUAAGAUUUCGGUUCGACGUAGAGGUCUUGGAAUUCGAAAAACAUCCACAUGAGGAUUGCGAUUUCCAUGAGAGUGGCCUAUCACUGGGAAAUAUAUCAUCCACCGUGGUUAUGUGCGCCACUUGUGUGGCAGCGGUGGCAGUUAGUGUAUUUCUACCCUGGUAUUUAAUGGAGAAGGCAGGCAGUUUUUAGAACAUGAAAUACGCAACCAAAAAUGGAAAUAUCAGAACUGGUAAACUAGCAUAUAGUAGAUGUAAUAGCACCAUAGGUAGGAUCAAUGGAUUUCCCAUCAAGAUAUUAAUCUUUUAAAGAUAUGCUUAGUUUAGUAUUUUAUACGUAUUUUCAUAUAUGGUGUCUAGGAAAAAAGGAACAUGACAACUACUUUGAAGAGUUAAGGUUUAUGUGACUUUUAUUAGCUAUAAUUAAAGAUUGAGAUGUAUCUGUGAUGGAAGUAACCUAGUUAUGUAAAUAUCUGUUUGUAAAUAUAUAUAUGUCCAAAUAUGUAUGUAUUUCUAUUUUACAAAACUUAGUAUAUAAAAUACGUCUGAGUAUGUAUGAGACUUUAAUGAUUUAAGGUAAGUCUUGAUCACAUUGCAAUGAUCAAUCGAACUUGUGAAUAAAUUUGGCAACAUUGCAAGUAAAAGAAAAACUUUUGAUAGAUUUAUACUAUUAAGUCUGUAAAUAAGAAAACAAAGAUUAAAAAAAAAAUAAGAAUAAUAUCUCGAUUUUUAUAACAGUUUUUCUAAUACAAAAGUCAUUGCUUCUAGGCUACAUGUUGAUGAAAAUUUAUAAUUUGCAGUUGUAUUUUAUUAAAAAUCUAAAUAAGUAUUUGAUUCUAUUCGCUUAAAGCAUUUUGGUAUUCAAAUUUUGUUUUUGUUUUAUAAAUUUCGUUAUUAUCUUACUAUUUUUCCUGGAUAUUAUUAAACCGUUUUGUAAAUAACAAACAAUGUUGCAAAACCUCAAAUUGAUAAUUUGUGUAUUUUGUUUCAUUAUUAUUUGUAUAAGAUAGUAAAGUUUAGAAUUAAUUAUUAGUUUAAGUUCGAACUGCCCAGAAUUGUAAAAUAUGACAAGCUCACAAAUCCCUAUAUAAAUACAAAUAAAAAACCCCAUUAUAUAUGA